AUGCAGUCCGCCCCAAACUUCUCCACCACCAGUCUGAACAUGCAGGCUACUACGACGACGGCUCCGUCAGCCGGACAGAAUGUCGGCUUGUGUUGUCAUUGCGGAAGAGGACUCCCGUACGAUACAUACCACAUCUGCUGUCUGUUCUGCGAUCUCAAUAUCUGCGCCGACUGUCACCGGACACACCCCGCAACCCACCAGCCGUAUUUCAAGUAUCUCCUCGACCGCAAAACCCAGCGAGGUACCCGACCAACACCAGCGUAUUGCACAAAAUGCAAACAUCCAUCCCAUUCCGGUCUGUCGUGUAAUGACUGCGAGUUCAAUAUCUGUGUCAACUGCGUGGCCACGAGCCGCGAUCUGUUGGCGAACCAUGCUCAUGGCAAGUUGACCAUGACCAGAGCCCCGGACGAUUUAGGACUUGGAAUGUAUAGCUUGCAGUGUGAUAGCUGCCAUGCUGGUGCCACUCUGUCGCAUUGCGGGCGUUGUUUAGGCGGAAUAAAAAAGGGACAGAAUUUUUGGACAUGUGUGACAUGUAUCGUGGAUUACAAUGCGCAAAUUCGGUUCUGUGGGGACUGUCAGGCCCCAGGACUCAGAGAGCACGAUCCAACUCAUAGGUUUGCCUCGUUUCUUUAUCGCGUCGAUAUAACCAAGGACCCCAAAUACAAUACCGUCAAAUGUCUAGAUUGCAAGUCAAAUGUCCCUUUCAGCGGCCGCGAACUGGCCCGCCACCCUCAUUCUCGAUUUCAACUAGUCAUGGGCGAAGCAGAACGAGAUCGUAGAUACUUUCAGAGUUACCGGACAUGCGCUCGAAAACCGGUCAGAGAUAUGGCAACUAUGUCCGCUGAAGCUCACGAUAUUCUCUGCGGCUGCUGUAACCAUAAAAUUGUAUUCAAUGCGAAAGUAUUCAUGUGUCCGACAUGUACUAUGAUCACCUGCGAGACAUGUGCCGAAUCCGGUGGUGCUCGCUCACAUCCUCAUAUUAUGAUUCCAGUUUUCCUCGAGCGGACUAUUCCUUUUGCUCUGCUUGGACAGGCCAUGGCAAAACCAAAUGCACCAGUCAAACACUGUGCCAAAUGCGACACGUCGAUAUCCCCCGAUAGCGACUCAUUUAUUCAGUGCAAUCAUUGCGAGGAAUGGAUUAUAUGUCUUCUAUGUACAAAACGGACCAAUAUGCCCGUUCGGCACGCAUGUGCUGAAGCUGUUGAGAUGACAUUCUUUGAUCCUCUUAAGCAGGCAAAUAAUUUGGUUGUGGCCAAGAUUAUGAUGGCCCAAAAGGCCAAAGCAGCUGCAGUCGCCUUGAAACAACAGCAGGCAGCUCUCCAGCCGUCGUUCGCGAUCAGGCGAAAGAAUCCGUCCAUCACAUCAGGCUCCUCGAUUUCUUCAAUUUCUCCUGUCUUGUCUAUGGCUCAAACGGCCGACUUACCACAACUUCCGGCAACUUCUCAACCUGGUUCUCAGUUAGCAAUGAAUCAACAGUUGGCACAACUCUCUGGCUUGGGUUCCACAGGACUUCCCAUGCAAAGUGCCCUGCCUUCAAUACAGCCAAGUGUUCAAGGACCAAUCUAUGGCGAAGAGGUCAAACGCAAGUCAUUACAGCCGGGAUUGAAAAAUGCAUCCAAAGCUAUGUUCGACGGAUCGGCAAAUGCUUCAAAGGCGGCCUACAAUAAGGCCUCAAACAUGGUCGAGAACAUGGACAAGGACUCCAUGAAGAAAGUUGGCAAAAAGGUAGCGGCAGUCGCAGGCGCGCUUGGUGGGCAGGCGUUACGACAAUAUGUACGGCAGGAGACUGGUCUCACGUUACCGCGCAUCCGUCCGAAUCAGAAACCGAAUCAGCAAGCCCAAGUUGCAAAUGCACAGCUGCUGGAGAUUAACAAACUCAAUGCUCUCAAGCAACAGUUGGAAAUGAAGCAAAAGAUUUUGCAACUUCAAAAUCAAGUCGCACUGCAACAGCAACAGCAGCAGCUGCAACAGGCUCAGAAUCAAGUCGCACUACAGCAGCAGCAGCAGCAACUACAACAGGCUCAGAAUCAAGCGGCCAUACAAGCAAGUGCCUCUGCUGUGCCAAUGGCAGCCGCGAAUAUGUUGGGACAGGCACAGCCGGGAGUCCCUCAAAUGGCUCCAGGUGCACAGUCGAAUCAAGGAAUGGCAGGUCCUGGGGUACUUCAUCAACCGACGCCGAUUAUGGGUGGAACAAACGGUAUUCCUCCUGCUAUAGCAGGUGUGAGCACACCAGGCCCAUACAACUCUAAUUUGAACAGCAUGGCUCCGACGCCUCUGAAUGAACCUAGCAACACACUUGGCGUCCCAGGCUAUAACCCGAGUGCUAUUACUUCAAGUCAAGCAAACGUGGCGUCUAGUGUACACAGCUUCGACUCUAAUGAAAUGGCGCCGAUUCCUGCCAGCGAGAUGCAAUGGGCGACUACGCACGCGUUGAACCCCAACCAUAUGGCUCCUAUACCGCCAAGUGAAGCGAAUGCCGCCAGCGUACACAGUUUCGAUUCUGAAAUGGCUCCUAUUCCUGCGUGCGAGUUGAACUCUUUACCUGUGAAUGAUAGCAGCAUGGCCCCUAUUCCCCCCAGCGAGGCGGGCAUGGCACCAAUUCCAGCGUGUGAACAACCUUCUGCAGGCCAUUCAAAUUCGCAUGACGCUUCGCACCCUGCAUCAGAUCAUGUCAAUCCCUCGCAUCAUGCGGAGGGUGAACAUACACAGCAAGCAAACACACCUGCAACUCACUCCGAGCAACAUCCACAUAGCCCGGAUCAUCACAGCAAUUAUCACCAACCUUCGGUGGAGGACGAGCCAGAAAGUGAGACUGCACAGUCUACUCAUGCAACAUCCUCGGAGAGUCAUCCCACUACAGUGCAUGACUCCUCACACGCUAGCGAAAAUCAUCACUCGCCAGGACAUCAACAUGAUUCACAAGACACUCAUGGUCAUCCUCACGAUCCUCAUGCUCAUUCUUAUGCCCAUCCCGAUCCCAACGCCCAGCAGGCUCACGACAGUCAUGGAUUCAAUUCACAUGCAGACCAUCAAGGCCAUCAAAGUCCUCAACAGUCGCAAAUUCCAGCCAACAACCAUCCAUUCUCAUCACCUGCUACUCCCACUCCGAGCCAAGGUGGCUAUCAACAGUUCACUCCACAUUCUGUAGGAUCUCCGAAUGCACAUGGCGCCUCCCCGAAUCUUCAUCCUUUCUCGGGUACCCACCAGCCAUAUCCUCCCACAAGCUCAAGUCCAGCACCUGGUCAAUCGCAUUACGCGCAUAGUCCAAGUCCUCAGCCACAGGUGUACGGUCCUAACGUUCAACAACCACCGCCAAACCAAAACAGCCCCAUGCCAAUCAGGCCGCCAAUUUCUGGUGGAGGACAGGCUGACGAGUAUUAUCAAAACCACCCUUUGAACCAGGGAGGCACAGCUGGAGGUCCCUCUCCUCUUAAUAACGUCACUUACCCGCAACAACAGAAUGUCCCUCAUACUCAGAUCAACUCACAGAGUCUGCCACCUUCUCUCCCGCCGCAAACCCCCAUAACUACAAUGACAGGGAAGCCACCUCAACCUCAGAGCUCAAUAACUGCAUUGCCAGGAAACAACUUGUAUCCGUCACCCCAGCCACUGAACCCGAUAACUGGAAUAUUACCUGGGGCGACACCGGCCCCGACAGCCAGUCCUGGUCAAGUUGCACCACAGAUUAACAUUAAUGUGCAGGCUAGUGGAACCGGUGGAACCGCCCAGGGUACUGCAGAGUCGUCCAAUGUAGCCCAAAUGCAGCAGCAGGCUAACAUGAAUAUGCAAAGUCAACAAAUCCAGGCAUUACAACAACGUAUACAGAUGAUGAACUUGCAGCAGCAACAGGCGAGCCAACAACUCACCCAGCAGCUCCAAUCUAUAGGAAAUCAACAAAAUAGCGGCAACUCACAACUCAUUGAGCAACUUCAGUUGCAGCUCCUGACGAGUCAACUUCAAGGAGGACAACAACAACAAGGAAACAAUCACCCACUUCUUCAAGAGGGACUUUCUAUUAUCAAUAAUUUGACGUCGAACACGGGCCAGCAUAACCACAUGAACAAUAUCCUGCAACAGCAGCAACAAUCAGAAAUGCAAUUCCUGAACCAAAUGAAUCAAAUGCAACAGCACGAACUCAAUGCCGAGAUGACGGCGCUGAACAAUCAAGAGCAGGCAAAUUUCCAAUUGGAGCAGUUGAAUGCUCAACUGGCCGGCCUGAACAGCAUGUCUGGAAACAACGAUACUACUCUCAUGAGCAACAACCUGGACGUUGUUGAUGUCAACAACUACAAUGUAAAUAUCGAUGUUGAUCAGUCGAUAAAUAUGCAGUCCAACGUGGAUCUUGGAUUCGGCAUGUCCGGCACGGAUACAGUAGGAUUUGACAUGUCCGGCAUGGGUACAGUUGGGUUUGACAUGACCAGCACGGAUACAGUAGGAUUUGACAUGUCCGGCACGGAUGUAGGAUUUGACAUGUCAUCUAGCACGGAUGUGGCGUUUGGUAUGGAUGAUGGUUCUGCUUUUGUAUCUGAAAGCACUUUUGAUUCAGUUGAUUUUGAUUUUUGA